AUGUUACCUAGGAUUCAGGGCUUGUUCCACUCCGUUACGGAGAAGAGAUCGCACAACAACGACUGCGGAGAAAAUAGUGUCACAAUAGUCACAGAAAAGAAAAUUGAAGAUGAUUCCUCGGACUCGUCAAGUUCAGAGAACGUAGAAAUAGAAGAUAAAUCGCUGUCACUGGUACAACCAGCCUCAUUGGACGCGCCAGAGGAAGGCCAUGCAGCGCAAUGUACCUGUCCUAACUGUGACGAGGUACAGACCAGAUUCUCAGAAUGCAGCAUAUGUCUAGAACCAUUACAGUGCUGCGGACCAUGCGUUUGCCCUUGGUGCGGCGGCAUUUGGUGUGCAAGGUGUUCAAGACGCAUGUCCAGGUGUGCGUGGUGCCGGGGAGCGUUGAGAUCUCCUGCUGCGCCGUGCUUAGCACUCCAGAGAUUGAUCAAUGAUCUCAUGUUACCGUGUCGGAAUUAUAGACGCGGAUGCACAGACCUUCUGACAGCCGUCACAAGAGUCAAGCACGAAGAAGAGUGCAAAUUUGACACAAUGAUUUGUCCCAUCACUGCUAACUGCUGCUCAGUUCCAUUCGAAGAGCUAUCAUCACAUCUUCAAACCAACCACAGCAUCAUCGCAGUAUAUUCACAAAAGAUCAAGAUCUUGAUAGAGAAUUUCCAGACAAAGUUGAAGAAAACCGCUUGCUGCAGAACCAAAUACAAGAUUAUCCUGCUCCAUCAAAAAAGUGCUUUUAUCAUUAAGGUUUGCAUCUACAACUACCACGUCAGAGUCGAAGUUAUGAGAAGGAAGUUGGGAUAUAUCGCCGACAUUAAAUCUGAGACGAAGAAAAGUGACUACUGCGCUCUAAUCGAGUUCCAAAGCAAGGCAUUAUGUACCAAAUCAGCAAUUUUGAUAGAGAACGAAGCAUAUGGCAAGAAAGCUGAAGUGCAAUGGAAUGAUGUCGUUAUGAAAUCGGAAAACGAUGAAGCCAUAACAAUUCAUGUAAAUAUCGGCAAGUCGGAUUCAGAUCUCUUAAGAAAAGAUUACGCUGAAUCCUGA